AUGCAUAAUGGCGACAACAACCUGGCUAGUACCUCUGGUGCGAAUUGUGGAAUGGGAAAAACGCCUUCGGCAUCUGCGUAUGUAUACGGGACAAACGGCUCUCCUCAGUCCAACGGCUUCUUCUACAACAAAGAAUUGCGAGAAGUUCGAGAAAGAAGCAAAAGAUUUUUCCCGGAAAAGCUGAAGCAGUUCAGGGAUGCCGAUUCGUCCUACUACCAUGGGCUGAGCAGCAAACUCGAUCUUCCGAUGGCGCGCAUCAAGAAGAUUAUGAAAAUUGAUUACGACCUGGAAGGACAGGAUGCCCCAUUGUUCCUCUCCAAAGCGACUGAACUGUUCAUCCAAGAGUUGACCCUAAAAUCCUGGGCGUUCACUGAAGAGCAGCGUCGAAAGACUAUUCAAAAACUUGAUAUCGGUGCAGCAUGUGCUCGUGACGAGCAUUUUGAUUUUCUAAUCGAUUUUGUGCCAAGGGAAGAGGUUCGAAAGGCCGGAUUUUUGGCCAGCCAGAUGAAGUCGCCAACUUCAAUGGAUGGUGACGCGGAAAUGAAUGGGCACAGCUUGAGUCACGGCUCACGCCCCGGGACAAACGAUUUGAUUGUCAGUGAGGCAACACCUUCUUCAACAGCCGGCGAUCCCUCAGCACAUCAGCAUCGCCAUGCCGAGGUUUUCCGCGGGCACCCGGCCAUAUCAACGACAGUGAAGCCGGAUCAA